CUUCCCAUCCUUUCACAGCAUCUGCAGAAUAAUCACCGAUGUGACAACAUGUCGGCGAUCCCACUGCCACGAAACAUCGCAAUCAGGAUCAGAGCGCCAUGCAUGAAUUGCAAGAAUUCAAAGCGCAAGUGUGACCGUACCCGAUCUCGCUACUCUCGCUGUAAAUAUCACGACCUCCCCUGCAUCUCGUCUGCUACCGCUUGAUGGCGCGUCGAAGGCAUAGAUUCAGCGAGUCAGCGCAUCCGAGAAAUCCAGGUUGUCAACUCUCAUCCAAGAAGGGCCUCCGCAGCAGUAUCGGGCCGUCUAUAUUGACUGAGGCAUUAGAGUUCAUUGUCGAAGACCAAGCUGUUGAGCAUCCUGCAGCUCCAGCACCGGUCGAGGCGGAUUCCGAUAUUCUCUGGGCCUGGAGACUGGUAGCAGCGACGUCGUACCUGUGGCAAGAAUUCGUUGAUAUCAUCGCACCGAGCAUCACCAUCGACAACCAAACCCCGGACAACGAAUUCACCAAGCACAUCUGCUUCACGGCUACGGGCAAGCCAGGUCUCUUCUCUGCCGUUGUAUUCCUAGCGUAUUCCGUCCGAGUCAACUGGACGUUUCAGAAACCACCGUCAUCGUCCAUAGAUGUCACGGAUUUGACAACCACUGCCCUCACAAUGGAGCAGCAGGCGGUCGCUUACAUAGAUGACACUAUCUUUUCAGAAGAGAACACCCCAUCUUCCAGCCAUGAAGAGCCCGACUCGCAUCCGCAGCGUUGGCUGAGCACGCUCUCCUCGCUGAUAACGCUGAAAUCGACUUAUAUCGCGGCAGGCAACACGCACAGCCUGCGCUGCUGUCUCGAGCAUGCCGUAAGGCUCGCGCGAGAUGGUUUCACCACCGACUCGCCUUCAGCGAACCCAUUCUAUUUCUGGUCCGCUGGCUGGGGUAUACGCAUAAUGUGGCUUUACUGGAUGAGACGGAUUACACCAACACCACCAGACUUCUACACCAUUGCUGCCAGACAAGAGCAUGGCGGUAGCAGCAGUAAUGAUGCGCUUUUAUUUCAUAAUUUUAACACCUUCCUUAGCAUAUCACAUUGUAUGGCCGACCUUCUCUAUCGGCUAGGACAGGUACUGCACCACAGCACUACGAAAGAUAGACCGGGCGGUUUGCACUCGGAAUCCGAGGAUGUGGAAACGAGGAUGCAAGUCCUGAUUCGACGACUAAAGCACUACAAGAAGAAAAGUCACGAGGAGCUUCCCUCUCAUCUGGAUAUCUAUAACGAAGCUCUGGUGCAUAGUGGUCAAGUGCCGGCGCAAGGCCUCCAAUUCGACCAUUGUGCAUUUCCGCUGUAG